UAUUUCCAACACCUGCUGGGCCGCGAUCCUGCCUGGGGACGUCCCGCCGUGUGCACCCUCACCACGCCCUAGCCAGGCAACCCUCGGCCUCAGCGGCGCGCCGGGGUGGAGCCCGUCCGGGACCCUGCUGGGCCUCCAGCGCUCGGGGCCAGAACCGCCUCCCACCUGCCAGCUAGUCGGGGCCCCGGCAGCGGUCGUCCCCUCCCGCCGGGCUCCGCGUAAAACCCGGAGCGGAGGCCGGUGCCCGCUCCUUAGCGGCGGCGCGGCGCGGCGGACUGGGCAUGCGCAAUGCGCAAGGCCGGCUCCCAGCGCCAAAAGGAAGCGUUCUCAGAGAUCGCAGCGGCUGCGCCGGGGUAUGCGGAACGGGCUCGCGUGGCUGCUGCACCCCGCGCUGCCCAGCACCUUGCGCUCCAUCCUCGGCGCCCGCCGGCCGCUCGCGAAGCGACAGUGUGGGAGCAGUCACUGUACAACAAGUAUCCUUUUCUUUCCAGUUUCCAAAGAAAGACUGACAGCAAAAUGAGUAAUCCAGCUAUCCAGAGAAUAGAAGACCAAAUUGUCAAGUCUCCGGAAGACAAGCGAGAGUAUCGUGGGUUGGAGCUGGCCAAUGGCAUCAAAGUGCUUCUCAUCAGUGACCCCACCACAGACAAGUCAUCGGCGGCACUCGAUGUGCACAUAGGUUCAUUGUCAGACCCUCCAAAUAUUGCUGGCUUAAGUCAUUUUUGUGAACAUAUGCUGUUUUUGGGAACAAAGAAAUAUCCUAAAGAAAAUGAAUACAGCCAGUUUCUCAGUGAACAUGCUGGAAGUUCAAAUGCCUUUACUAGUGGAGAGCAUACCAAUUACUAUUUUGAUGUUUCCCAUGAACACUUAGAAGGAGCCCUGGACAGGUUUGCCCAGUUUUUCCUGUGCCCCCUGUUUGAUGCGAGCUGUAAAGACAGAGAGGUAAAUGCAGUCGAUUCGGAGCAUGAGAAGAACGUGAUGAACGAUGCCUGGAGACUCUUCCAGCUGGAAAAAGCUACUGGGAAUCCCAAGCACCCCUUCAGCAAAUUUGGAACAGGAAACAAAUAUACUCUAGAGACUCGACCCAACCAAGAAGGCAUCGACGUAAGGCAAGAACUCCUGAAAUUUCAUUCUACGUAUUAUUCGUCCAAUCUGAUGGCUAUUUGUGUUUUAGGUCGAGAAUCUUUAGAUGACCUAACUAAUCUGGUGGUGAAGUUAUUUUCUGAAGUCGAGAAUAAAAAUGUCCCUUUGCCUGAAUUUCCUGAGCACCCUUUCCAAGAAGAACAUCUUAAACAACUUUAUAAAAUAGUUCCCAUUAAGGAUAUUAGGAAUCUGUAUGUGACAUUUCCCAUACCAGACCUUCAGCAGUACUACAAAUCUAAUCCUGGUCAUUAUCUUGGUCAUCUAAUUGGGCAUGAAGGUCCUGGAAGCCUGCUGUCAGAACUCAAGUCAAAGGGCUGGGUAAAUACCCUGGUUGGUGGACAGAAGGAAGGAGCCCGGGGUUUUAUGUUUUUCAUCAUUAAUGUGGACUUAACUGAAGAAGGGCUUUUACAUGUUGAAGAUAUAAUUUUGCACAUGUUUCAAUACAUUCAGAAGCUACGUGCAGAAGGACCUCAAGAAUGGGUUUUCCAAGAGUGCAAGGACUUGAAUGCUGUUGCCUUUAGGUUUAAAGAUAAAGAGAGACCACGAGGCUACACAUCCAAGCUUGCAGGAAAAUUGCAUUAUUAUCCCCUAAAUGGAGUGCUCACGGCUGAAUAUUUACUGGAAGAAUUUAGACCCGACUUGAUAGACAUGGUUCUUGAUAAGCUCAGACCAGAAAAUGUCCGGGUGGCAAUAGUUUCCAAAUCAUUUGAAGGGAAAACUGACCGCACAGAGCAAUGGUAUGGAACCCAGUACAAGCAGGAAGCUAUCCCAGAGGAAGUCAUUCAGAAAUGGCAAAAUGCUGAACUGAAUGGGAAAUUUAAACUUCCAACAAAGAAUGAAUUUAUUCCUACAAAUUUUGAGAUUUUGUCAUUAGAAAAAGAUGCAACACCAUACCCUGCUCUUAUUAAGGAUACAGCCAUGAGUAAGCUGUGGUUCAAGCAAGACGAUAAAUUUUUCUUGCCGAAAGCUUGUCUCAACUUUGAGUUUUUCAGUCGCUACAUUUAUGCUGAUCCUCUCCAUUGCAACAUGACAUACCUGUUUAUCAGGUUAUUGAAGGAUGAUUUAAAAGAGUAUACAUAUGCAGCACGCCUGUCAGGUCUGAGCUAUGCCAUUGCAUCAGGGAUGAAUGCAAUACUUCUCUCAGUAAAAGGGUAUAAUGACAAACAGCCAAUUUUGCUAAAGAAGAUUACCGAAAAAAUGGCUACUUUUGAGAUUGAUAAAAAAAGAUUUGAAAUUAUCAAAGAGGCGUAUAUGCGAUCGCUUAACAAUUUCCGGGCUGAGCAGCCCCACCAGCAUGCCAUGUACUACCUCCGCUUGCUGAUGACUGAAGUGGCCUGGACUAAAGAUGAGCUAAAAGAAGCCCUGGACGAUGUUACCCUCCCCCGACUUAAGGCCUUCAUACCUCAGCUACUGUCUCGGCUGCACAUCGAAGCCCUUCUCCAUGGCAACAUAACAAAGCAGGCUGCAUUAGGGAUUAUGCAGAUGGUUGAGGACACCCUUAUUGAGCAUGCUCACACAAAGCCUCUCCUUCCAAGUCAGCUAGUUCGGUACAGAGAAGUCCAGCUCCCUGACAGAGGAUGGUUUGUUUAUCAGCAGAGGAACGAAGUUCACAAUAACUGCGGCAUCGAGAUUUACUAUCAGACGGACAUGCAGAGCACCUCGGAGAACAUGUUCCUGGAGCUCUUCUGUCAGAUUAUCUCUGAGCCUUGCUUCAACACCCUGCGCACCAAGGAGCAGCUGGGCUAUAUUGUCUUCAGUGGACCUCGCCGAGCCAAUGGCAUCCAGGGCUUACGCUUCAUCAUCCAGUCAGAGAAACCACCUCAUUACCUGGAGAGCAGAGUAGAAGCCUUCUUACUCACCAUGGAAAAGGCCAUAGAGGACAUGACAGAGGAGGCCUUCCAGAAACACAUUCAAGCAUUAGCGAUUCGUCGACUCGACAAACCAAAGAAGCUCUCUGCAGAGUGUGCUAAAUACUGGGGGGAGAUCAUCUCGCAGCAGUACAAUUAUGACAGAGAUAACGUAGAAGUUGCAUAUUUAAAGACACUUACCAAGGACGAUAUCAUCAAAUUCUACAAGGAAAUGUUGGCCGUGGAUGCACCAAGAAGACAUAAAGUGUCCGUCCAUGUUCUUGCCAGGGAAAUGGAUUCUUGUCCUGUUGUUGGAGAAUUCCCCUCCCAGAAUGAUAUAAACUUGUCAGAAGCACCACCCUUGCCACAACCCGAAGUGGUUCAUAACAUGACAGAGUUCAAGCGUGGCCUGCCACUGUUUCCCCUUGUGAAACCACAUAUUAACUUCAUGGCUGCAAAACUCUGAAGAGAACGGAUACGUUCCUGUGUCUUCCAAGGCCUGGGAAAGCAAUCUUAACCUCUUGAGUAGUUUCUGGUUUGCUAUUAGACAGACAAACAGAAAAGAGUUAUCAGACGUUAAUAUGUAGAAAUGUUAAAAACCCAAAGUAAUAAAAUUAUAAAAUCUUA